AUGACAGAUGAACAAACAAAACAACAACCACCAAAGACAAUAUUCUUUAGAGUAAGAGAUAGAGUUAAGAAAGCAAUAUUCACAGGCAGUACACUCGACGAUCUCAAACUACUGUUUGUUUCAAAGUUCCCCGAGUUCCCAAAAGAUACAGAAUGUCCAUUCUUCAAUGUCGACCCAUCGACCGGAAAUGAAGUACCAUUCAAAUCAAUAGAUAAACUAACGGAAUUUCAAGUUAUUCUUGUUAAACAUGAUAUGGCUGAUGAUGGAAAGAAAAGAUCGGCUGGCUAUACAGGAUUGGAUAAAGAAAAGAUAGUUUUGGUAAUGGUUGGUUUGCCAGCACGUGGAAAGACUUAUGUCGCUCGAAAGAUCUGUAGAAUGCUGAAUUGGAUGUUGUUGCCGGCAAAGGUGUUCAAUGUCGGUGAGUACCGUCGACUUCGUAUCGGUACCGGUCAGCCACACGACUUUUUCGAUCCACAGAAUCCAGAGGGUAUCAAAGCACGUCUUCAUAUGGCUGUGGCCGCUCUCGACGACAUGAUCUCAUGGCUGCACAACGGAGGAAGAGUUGGAAUCUACGAUGCCACCAACAGCACACGCGAACGUCGUCAACUGAUCCUCACACGUUGUACCCGUGAGAAAAUGAAUGUAUUAUUUAUAGAAUCAAUUUGUAACGAUCCCGAUGUAAUAGAAGCCAACAUAAAAGAAACAAAAUUAUUAUCUCCAGAUUAUGCUGGUGCAGAUUCAAAGAAAGCAGUACAAGAUUUUAGAGAUAGAAUUGCACAUUAUAAUAAGGUAUAUGAACCGGUGGAAGGAGCGGAUCUUCAGUAUAUAAAGUUGUUUGAUGUCGGCAAGAAGAUAGAGGUGAAUAAUAUAACUGGUUACAUUCCGAGCAGAAUUGUGUUUUUCCUGAUGAAUUUACAUAUACAUCCACGUCCAAUUUGGCUGACUCGUCACGGUGAAUCAGAGUUUAAUGCCGCCGGCAAGAUCGGUGGUGACUCCGACUUGACGGAGCGUGGCGACAACUACGCGCAUCAACUGGCCGUUUGGAUCUCGGAUUGGUGCGGCAACUUGCGCAAGGAGGGCUACGACGGUGAGGUGGUAGUGUGGACAUCGAGCUUGAAACGCGCCAUCCGUACGGCACAGUAUAUCUCACAGCCGAAAGUGGUGAUGCGCGGUCUCGACGAGAUCGACGCCGGUAUCUGCGACGGAAUGACCUACGAGGAGAUCCAAGACAAGAUGCCGGACGAGAGUGCUGCACGUGACUCUGACAAACUUAGCUAUCGUUAUCCGCGUGGCGAGUCGUACGAAGAUGUCAUACAGCGGCUGGAACCGCUGCUACUCGAGCUGGAAAGAACCAAACUUCCGAUACUGAUAGUAAGUCACCAAGCCACUCUCCGUUGUCUCUACUCCUACCUAACCGGUCGCGUCAAAGAGGAAUGUCCAUUUUUAAACAUACCACUACACACUCUAAUUCAACUCACUCCAAAAGCAUACGGUUGUGAAGAAAAGACAUUCAAAUUAUGUUAA